GCAACUUCAGAAUUACAAGCAUCAAAUGAAAAGUGUACUGAUCUUGAAAAAGAAUUAGGAGGUACCCAAGAACAGUUAAAGGAACUUCAAUCUCAGAAAGAUGAUUUGCAAAAAGAGCUUAACCUUCAACUAGCCAAUCUGUCUGCUGCUGAAGCUGCUGAUAAAGCACGUCUUCAGAGUUUAGAAAUGGAACUGGAAAGUAUAAAGAGUGCUUUGAGUGAAAAGAUGCUUGAAAUUGAUUAUCUACAGAAUCAGUUAAAAGAGAAAAAGCUCAGCAAAUUUUAUAUUCCUGAUAUUACUUUAUCACAAUAUAAGAUGAAGCACAAAGAAAAAUCAUCCCAUUCAAAAGCCAUUGAAAUUCUUGAAAUUGAGAACAAGAAACUGAAAAGUCAGCUUACUGAUUUUGAGAAAACUGUGCAGUCACUUGAGGCCAACCUCUCAGACAAACAGAAUAAGCUUCAAGAAACUGAACAAAAAUUGCAACUGUGUAAUGAAGUGCUUGAAAAAGAAAAAGAAGCAAGAAUCAAAAUUGAAUCAGAAUUAAAAGAAUUGCAAGAAUCAAAUAAAGAAGCUGUUAUGAAAUUGCAAAGUAUGGAAAGUGCCAUAGCUGAGUCUGAAGCUGCCAAAGGAGAGUUUUGUGAAAAAAUAUCAUCUUUAAAUGAAGAUCUUCUAAAAAGCCAGUUAAAAGAAUCGGAAUUGAAUCUUCAUUUAGAGAAAAUGCAUGAGGUAGAAGCUGAUCUCAAUGACAGGUUAUUAUCAUUCGAAGAAGAAAACAAAAAUUUGAGAACAUCUGUUACUAGUCUGCAAAAUGAAAAAAAUUCUCUUCUGAGUGAAUUGGAAACAGUAAAAAAAUCUUUCUCAGAUCUAACAGGAGUUUGUGCCAGUCAUGAAAGACAAAUAGAGGAACUUACGGAUUCAUAUCAAAAAGCAAAAUCAAAGGCUGAACAGAUUCUAAAAGACUCUGAGCUGGCAAAAGAAAUAUAUUUGAAAGACAAGGUGAAAAUGCAGAAACAGAUAGAGAAUUUAGAAAAUGACUGUGCUAAGCAAUUGUCACAAGUUCAGGAAAGUGUCAAGCAGCUGGAAAAUCAGCUUGAAGAUGCAGAAGAGAAAAAUGCUUCUUUGGUUUCAGCUUUAGAUGAAACAAAGAAACUGUUGCAACAAAAAGAACAAGAAUGGGAAGAAAAAGAAGCUCACCAUAUAGCACAAGUUGGCAUUCUUACUCAGAACAUUCAAACUCUUAGAGAAGACUUAUCUACUGAACAAAAAAGGAGGGAAACUAUAGAAAUAAAACUAAAUGAAAUAAGUGGAACAAAAUUAGAGCUAGAAGCAAAGCUUGAAAAUGCUCUUGAUGAAAGGCAAGGACUUUUGAAAAGAUGCUUACAAAGUGAAUCUGAGUGUGAGCGUCUUCAGACAUCUACUGCUGAAAUGCGCAGAAAGUAUGAAGAUUGUGUAGCUGCACUUCAGGAAUUAGGUCGAGAAAACCAAACUCUUCAGGUUGAGAAUAUGAAGCACAUCACUCGAAAAUGGGCUGAUGAUGCUGAAGUAACUCAUUGUACAGCAUGUGGCAAGCUUUUUACUGUUACUAUUCGAAAACAUCAUUGUCGAAAUUGUGGUAAUAUCUUUUGCAAUGAAUGUUCUGCCAAAACUGCUACUGUAGCAUCAUCAAAGAGGCCUGUACGUGUUUGCGAUGUAUGUUAUAUUGAAGUUACAAAAUAAAUUGUUUAAGAGGAUUCAUUGGGAACAAAAACGGAAUCGAGCCAAGGUGCAUUUCAGUAUUAUGAGAUGCUUUUGAGAAAAUGUGCCAGAGAUGAGGUCAGUAAAACUCAUAAUUAGUUUUACUGAACUUCUGUUGUUAUUUUGGAAAAUAAUUACAUGAUGUUGUAUCUGGUAGCUUUUUUUCAUUAUCUUUAAUACCUAUAUCUAAUGUGAUGUAGUUAUUGUAACUGCUAUUUGACUAAAUGUUUUGUAAUGACUGCCUUUUUUUAAUGUAUUUAAAUGAAUAUUUUUGCAUUGUUCAGAUUUCCAUGUUUUAUAAAGCACAUCGUGAUCAUAAAAGUAAUUUAUUCUAUUUUUUAUUAUUAAAUUUUAAAUUUUAUUUUUGUUGGGUAUUUUGUAAAUAAAAAUCAAUAUAAGUGAUUUAUGUUGAUUGCAUAUGUAUUAAAUGUACUUUUAUUAUAACUACUUGUAGUAAAAUUGGACUUCUAUAGUGAACUUGAAUUUAAUCAAAUAUUGAUUUAAAUGUAGAUGUACCAUAUUAUUGCUGUUGAUACAGAUAUAUGUCGAAAUAUUUUACUCUUGUCUUAUUAAGUCAUUAAUUUUUAUAAUGUGUAAAUUAGAUAUAAUAUUUGAAAAUUUAUAAAACUAACAUUUUUCAAUUACCGUGGUAAAAUCUUAUCACUAUAGCAGGAUAAUGUAUUGAUUUAAACCUAUAGUUUUCCCUGUGUUUCAGUCUGUCAUUGCAAAUUAACAAUGUAAUCUUGUUAAAGUUUUCUGAUUAGAAUAGAUAGAUAUUUUUGUGAUUCUAAGUUGAUGCUUUUCCCCCCUAAUAUUUUUCUAUUAUUCGAUUAUAAUUCUUAUAUUUUUCUAUUAUUUGAUUAUAAUUCUUAUACAUACAGAGAUCAAAUAAAGUAUUUAAAUUUAUUGAUAAUUGUUUCUUUAGAUAAAUAAAAAAAAACCAUACAUGGAGUGAAAUAUAUUUUAAUUAAGUAUAGUGUUUUAUUUUGAAUUUAUAUGUAAAUAAAGCAGUUUUGUAAUCUUUU